CUUUGGUCGGGAGGUAUCUGCUGUACUGGGCCUUGGUUCUCCACAAACCAAGCCUUCGAGCAGAUCGAAGUCGACCAACUCUCCAGGCGCUGCGCUUCUUGGUCGCUACGGGCCUCGCCAUGGCCUGUGGCACCGGGCCCUGAGGAGGAGCGCCGCUUCCGACGCUAUCGCCUGGAAGAGCUUGGCCCACAUCUAUUGUGUGAACUUAGACCACCGCCCUGAGCGUUGGGACUUCAUGCAGCGCCAGUUCCAGCGCCUGCGUUUGCCGGCGCAGCGCUUUGCGGCGGUGGACGGCCGACAGCUGGAUGUGCCAGACCUGGCCAUGAACGGCAUCAUUUCAAUGGAAGCCUUGCCUAGAUAUUAUCUUCCAGACGAGCAGAAGCUGUUUGGGACUGACCUCACUGAUGGAGCCAUCGGCUGCGCGCUAUCUCACAUGCUCAUUUGGCGCGACAUCAUCCGCCGCUGCACGGAAGACGGUGUGGACCCACGAGCACCAUUCCUGGUCAUUGAGGACGACUGCCAAUUCUGUCCGGACUUCUCGGAGGAACUGCUCCUGGAGAGGUUGUCACAUGUGCCACAGGACUGGGAAAUCGUCUACCUCGGGGGCCAGGACUUGUUGCGCAGGCAGCACCUGUACGAGGUUGGAAAGGGAGCCCGGAGGCUCUACAAAGGAUUCAGAGAGACGACGGCUUAUCUCAUCAACGAUGCCGGUGCCAAGGCGUGCCUGGAAGUCAGCGUGCCGCUUUUCUGGCAGAUCGACACUCACAUGAACGACGAGUCGCUUCGAGAAGGACUGAGACCGCCCCAACCAGGCAGCAAAGACCACACGAUGCACCCCAGGGGCUACUUCCUGUGGCCAGGGAUCGUGGCGCAGCAGCGAGAGGGAUUUCCCACGGAUGUGCAGAAGGUGGAGCAUGACUGAGCGUUGUAAAGCUAUGAGGUUUCACUUGAUGGGCUGGUGUGAAGACAUGACAGUUCACACGCUGGGUGCGGGGCUUGAAGCUCGAAGGGUUGGGUAUAGCCGGGCCAGUGACACGGGCAGCUCGAUGGCUCUUGGGGAGCUUCGCAGAUGCCCUGAAACUGUGCGCAUUGAGUUCGUUAGGCGUGUUACGUUUCCCUGGCAAAAUGCAUCCAGCCAGGAAAAACAGGGGGGAUAUGCAGCGC